UCUCCCUUCCCCCGAAAGUAACAAAGUAACUGAUAGACAGACGGCUCCAAAAUGAUGGAGGAGAAACGCCUUGAAAGGCAGAAGCGCCUGUUGGCGAUGCGAAGUGCUGCCCCAUCGCUGCCCUCCACCCAGAGGCAGGAGUUCACCCUGCGGCUGGUGGAGCUCUACAAGGAGCGUCCCUGCCUGUGGAAGACCUCCUCGUCCGAGUACAAGGAUGUGGAGCUGAAGCAGAUCGCCUGGGAGGAGAUUGCCGGCCAGUUGGGCAGCCACCUCAGUGCCGAAUUCGUUCGCAGCCAAAUGCGCCGGAUGCGGUAUCACUUAAAUGUCUACAAAUUGCAAAUGCUCGAGUACCAGAUAACUCCCGGAGUGGAGAAGCCACCGGAAAAGCCCUUCUACAUCGACAGCUUCGCUUUUCUCGACUCAACGGCUGAUUUGGAGACACCAGAAUCGAAUCGGGAAACUGAAUCGGAAACUAGUUCCACCGCCGAGCGAUAUGCAAAAUUCUGGUCGAGCUUCAGACAGAAGUCCCUUGCCAAAUUUGAGGCGAACGAUGGAUCCUCGGAGGAUCAUCAUCGCUCUGAAACGAGCAUCUUUGGAAUGGUUAAGAAACGCAUGGCGGAGGCACAAAUGAAGCCACUCAACUUCACCAUGCCGCGUCUUUCGAUUUCGCAAAUACAAAAGGAUAUUAUUAGGAAUCGUGUGCUGGAGCGAAAGGCUUCUGCCACUUCGUUUGAGGUCCUUUCCGAGACGCCACCACUACUGAAGGCUCGUCCUGGCGACUCGGUGUCCAAAACCAAGUUGGAUCCAAAGCAACUAUCCAGGAAUCGUCGUGGUGAGCAGCCAACAACCUCCAAAAUGGCUCAACUUUCGCUGGGAGAAGUGCAAUCUGAGGAUGAGGAUCUGUAUAAUAUGCACUGGAAUGUGCGCAAGGAGCAGCGCUCCCUUCGUCCUGGACAGGAUUACCGACCGAAGUUGCCAACACGCCACCGAUCCUCCCGAACCAACGAACCAUCUCCAGAUAUUUUUUAGAAACCAUUCCCCAAGUCAUUGAAUUGUUUCCGUUGUUGUUUAAAGCAAGAAUAUCAAGUGCUACCUACCCAAGUUAUUAGAAGCAAAUUUUAGGUUUUGGCGAUAUUUCUUGCAGGUUGUGGACCCCUAAAUUGCUAAAAUAAAAUAUGCCUUAACUGGUUUCCUUAA